AUGUCACUUUGUUUGGAAUAUCAACCUUCUUGCCCUCGAUUAUUCUUGGUAUGGGGUUACGAUUCGUAUAAGACUCAGCUUAUGACGAUCCCGUUCUAUGUGGUUGCACUCUUUAGUUUUGCAGGCACCUGUUACUUUUCGGACAAGACAGGUCAUCGAGGGUUCUUUAUUGCUGGAGGAGUGGUUUGUGAAAUUGUUGGUUAUAUCAUUUUAAUUGCUAGUAACCCGCUAGGAUCCAGAUAUUUCGGUUGUUUGAUGAUCGGCUUAGGAAUCUACAUCUGCUCAGGUUUGAGUGUUAUGUGGAUCAACAACAACAAUGCUGGACAUUAUAAGAGAGCUACAGCCGCCGGUAUGUGUACCACAGUUGGAAAUUCUGCUGGUGCACUCGCAGGCCAAAUUUACACAGCAGAUACGGCUCCACGUUAUUUCAAAGGAUUGAAGGUUGCUUUGGGGUUGACAUGUGCAGCUUUGGUGUUUUGUUCACUCAUGAUCUAUAAUUAUUACCUGUUGAACAAGAAGAAGGAGAGAGUUUUAGCUGCUAUGAGUGCUGAUGAAAUUGAUCAAAUGAAUGCCAAUUUGGCUCAUAAAGAUACUGAUUUAACAUUCAAGUAUUUACUUUAG